AUGUCCACAAAAAUCCAAGCGCGCUCAACCUACCGCGCCAUCCUCCGCGAACUCCCACGCCGCCACCUCGCAACACCCUCCCCACUCCACCAACGCGUACGCGCGAUCUUUCGCUCAUCACCGGCCACAUCUCCAUUGCAACCGGAAUCCCAGUCCAAUGCUCUCCCCUUCUCAAUCCCGAAAACAGAAGAGGACCGCACCCUCCGCGUCCAAGAAGCAGAUCAGUUUGCGCAGUAUGCCCGCGCCCAGCGCGUCUACUCUGAGCUUCUCGAGCGCUAUAACCCCGGUAUGAGUAUGGAUGAGGAGGAGAAGAUUCGGCUUACGGCGAGACGGGUUGGGUUUGAUUUGCCUGAGUUGCAUGUUCCUGAGGGGAAGGAGUAG